AACGCGGAGAAGGCCAUGACGGCCUUGGCAAGGUUCCGGCAAGCACAGCUCGAGGAAGGCAAGGUGAAGGAACGGAGACCUUUCCUUGCCUCAGAGUGUAAUGAACUGCCCAAAGCUGAGAAAUGGAGGCGACAGAUCAUUGGGGAGAUCUCCAAGAAGGUGGCACAGAUUCAAAAUGCUGGAUUGGGUGAAUUCAGAAUUCGGGACCUGAAUGAUGAAAUAAACAAACUGCUGAGGGAGAAAGGACAUUGGGAAUACAGAAUAAAGGAGCUGGGAGGUCCUGAUUAUGCUCGGAUUGGACCAAAAAUGUUAGAUCAUGAAGGGAAAGAAGUUCCAGGCAACAGAGGUUACAAAUAUUUUGGAGCUGCGAAGGAUUUACCAGGAGUUCGAGAGCUUUUUGAAAAGGAGCCCCUCCCACCGCCACGCAAAACCCGAGCUGAGCUUAUGAAAGACAUCGAUGCAGAGUACUAUGGCUACAGGGACGAAGAUGAUGGUAUUCUGGAGCCACUGGAGCAAGAGCAUGAAAAGAAAGUUAUAGCAGAAGCAGUGGAAAAAUGGAAAAUGGAGAGAGAAGCACGACUAGCAAGAGGUGAGGAGGAGGAGGAAGAAGAUAUCUAUGCUGUGAAAGAUGAUGAGUCUGAUGAGGAAGGUGGCAAGGAAAGAGAAGGCGAAGAAGGCCAGCAGAAAUUCAUUGCACAUGUUCCAGUGCCAUCUCAACAGGAGAUCGAGGAAGCUCUUGUACGGAGAAAGAAGAUGGAGCUUCUUCAGAAAUAUGCCAGUGAAACCCUCAUGGCACAGAGUGAAGAAGCAAAGACACUUCUAGGAUUGUAACAUGACACCGGUGUGUGCUGGUUUGUGUGGAACCCUUCGGAAAGCAAUAGGUUCCUGUGUUCUGGGAGCAAUCACUUUUAGCUCUCAAAGACCCAUUGGAUGUUAAGAGUAA